ACAGAAUGUUGCGGUCGAAGAACAGCUCAUAAGUGCAGUUUUUUCACCCGUCCUGUCACAAGAAGCUGCGUAUUUGUGGCAUGCAUGCGAAGCCUCAGAGUGUGGGCUAGCACGCAAUGCCUGUGUAUCUCAGUUCCGUCAAGAUUUGCUAAGAUUCUGGGUACAACCUCGCCAAGUGCUUGCAAUGGUAGGACAGCUACCUCCACCUGGAGGCCUCCUCUGUGGACAAGCAGACGACCACAAGGGACCACAGGAAGCUACAGGCAUGUGCAUCCAUUUCCCGCGCGUCGUCCACGGAGCGACGAGUAGCAAUGCGACGUUUGAGAGUCCGCAACUUCCGGCAGAGCUCUUCUGGUUCUCACUUGGUAUGGUCGCCAAGGAGAAUCUGUCGCAAAGCGUUACAUUUGGAUCGGACACGGUCAGUGUGAUGAAGCAUUUGGGAAGAACUUCUGCCGCAACUACGACUCCAGCUCCGGCACCCAGGAGUUUUUCCGGCGAUCCUUUUCUUGCGUCGGCGUUUUUUUUGGCGCAAGAGGACGUCUCUGGUGCGGUAGAGGCGUUCCUACGCGCUCACUUCUAUCCCGAAGCGGCACUUCUAGCGCGUCUGCGAUUGCCUAGCUGCCAUCCUCUUGUUCGCAGAGUGUAUCAAUCGUGGUUUGACGGUGUUGAUGCAACAUCUACGACAGGGAUCUCGUCUGCGCCGGAACAAGCUAAUUAUUCAUCUCUGACAAAUACUGGUAAAUCUUCGUCCACGUCGGUAGCAACACGUAUGGAGAUUCGAGCCAUGCUGUGUAUCACAUUGGGCCGUUGGAACGACUUGUCGCGAAUGCUGGAACGCUCACGCUUGCAGCUGGAGGAGAAGCUCGACACUGGUGCUGCGAAUAACGCGUUGAUGUGCGAGAAAAUCGAUAGGCUGAAGGAGUGCGCGCAACUGCUAGAUGCACGAGCAAAGAAACAGUAGGCGUGAAAACUCUUUGUCUUUCUUUGUGAUACUACUGAUAAUAUCCCAAUUCUAACACUAACACUUUCACUUCCCGGACCCUUUCCCCUCUACUAGCAAGACCAUCGUUCGUCUUCCGUCUUCGUCUGUUUUUACUAUUAUAUCAACACAAGAAGCUGAAACUGCUGUUCACUUCAGAACCACCAGUUUCAUUCAGAAUUCG